AAGGGACAAAUCAUGCAGCCGCAUUUGUAAUGGUUUGAGCUAAGAGAAAAAAGAGAGACAGAAAGAGAGAGAGAGAGAGCGGCUAAUAGUAUUCUUCAUUCAUUCAUUCAUUCAUUCGAUUUGAUUUGAUUUGAUUUUUGAUCGAAUCACACAGACUCUUCUCUCUAAGCCUCUAACGAAAAACACAAAGAUUCCAUCAUCAUCAUCCCUCCUCUUUAAAUUUCUCAAUCACAAUCUCAAUCUCAAUCUCAAUAUCUCAAUCCCAUGGAUUCCUCCUUCUUCCUCCCGUUCUUUCCCGCUGUAAUUUAUUGAUUUCAUGUUUUCAGGUCCUUAUUUGUUCCUUUUUCCUGCUAAUGUCGUCGAUUCGCUAUGCCUUCCGAUUCUUCAUCUGAAGGAGCUGCUCUCGAACCAUUAAGAUCUAGUAUGAUGAGUAUGGAGAAGAAAAGGAAUUUGGUCUAUGAAAUAUCAGAUCAGCCACAUGCAUCUGAAUUGCUUCAGUCCUGGAGUCGACACGAGAUUUUAGAAAUCUUGUGUGCAGAGAUGGGAAAAGAGAGGAAAUAUACUGGAUUAACAAAACUAAAAAUAAUUGAGAACCUUCUGAAAAUUGUUGGUAAAAAGAAAUCAGGGUCAACUGAGGAUGUAACAGACCUCGACAGUCAGUCUUCUCCUUGUCCUUCUCCAAAGAUUUCCAAACGGCAAAGAAAAAUUGAUCAGCCAGCACGGCUGCCUGUUCCUGUAAACAAUAGUCCAAUCAGUAACACUAGGACUGACUCAAAUAUUGCAGUGUACUGCAGAAAUUCGGCGUGCAAAGCUAACUUAAAUCAAGAUGAUAAAUUUUGCAAGAGGUGUUCAUGCUGCAUCUGUUAUCAAUAUGAUGAUAAUAAGGAUCCUAGUCUGUGGUUAAGUUGCAGCUCUGACCCACCAUUUCAAAGCACUUCAUGUCGUAUGUCAUGCCAUCUUGAAUGUGCACUGAAGCAUGAAAAAUCUGGGAUUUCUAGAGGACAGCAGACCGGAAUUGAAGGGACCUUCUGUUGUGUAUCUUGUGGAAAAGUCAAUGACUUGAUUGGGUGUUUGAGAAAACAAUUGAUGAAGGCAAAGGAAACAAGACGGGUGUAUAUCCUGUGUUACCGUAUCUCUUUAAGCAAAAAGCUUUUGAGUGAAGGUGAAAAGUACCAAGACGUUUAUCAGAUUGUGGAUGAGGCUGUGAAGAAACUUGAAGCUGAGGUGGGUCCUUUGGCUGGUGUACCGGUUGGUACGGGCAGAGGAAUAGUGAACAGGCUUUCUUCUGGACCAGAGGUUCAGAAACUCUGCUCGUUAGCCAUCGAUACGCUCAGUUCCAUGAUACAAGAUACUAAUUUGGUAGCUACAAACUUCUUAAGGUUCGAAGAUGUUGAUGCAACAUACAUUACAGUGGUUGUGGGUACUGAAGAUGUUUCUUGUGGAGAAACCAUUGGUUACAGGCUAUGGCAUCGAAAGGCAGGCGAAACAGAUUAUCCUAUCGAGCCAACUUGCACCUUGUCUCAACCAAAUUUGAGGUUUGUCGUCCGAGGACUAACCCCAUCUUCAGAAUACUAUUUCAAAGCCAUUUCCUUUGAUGGGACAGGCGAUUUGGGGACAUGUGAAGUUCAAGUCUCAACUACUAUUCCUCGGGAAGAUGACACAAGUUGCUUGGUGAUUGAAAGAAGUCAGAGUCCUGUGACCAACUUCAGUGAGCUCUCUAAUCCUUCUUCCGUAGAAGAUGAAACUAACAAUAUAGUGCCGUGUAGUGACCAGACCGAUAGUCAAACAGGGAGCUAUCUUUCUUAUUGCAAGGAAUCUAAUAAGAUUAUCACUAUUAACCAAUCUGAGGAUAGAAUAAACUGCACCGAUGUCAGUGGAAUGGGAACAGCAAAAGAUUCUGUUUCGUCGUUGGAUGAGGAACACGUAAUAAGAAAAAGUAGCAUGCUUCCUGAUCCCAAUGUUUCAAAACUUGAAGACAGGCAUUCUUCUCAAGUCCAAAUCAUUGAAGGUACAACAAGCAUGAAUAAGGGCUCGAAUUCUGCCAUUCAACAAGGGACUAAAUCCACACCACUUGUUAGCAGCUCCGAGGCUGGAUUGCCAGUUACUCCUUGCAAAAUGGAAAUACUCAAGGAUGUUCUCGGAAGGAGUGGCCGGUCGAAAUCCUGCACCAAGGAUCGAGAUAAUAAGGGAUCUGGAGGAGAGGAACUCCGAAAUGGCAGCACAUCUAAGAAGAGAAAUGCAGAGAGGCAAGAUGUGGAUUGUACUGGAAACGGUAUUUCCGAUAAGGAUUUCGAGUAUUACGUAAAGUUGAUUAGAUGGCUAGAAUGCGAAGGACACAUAGAGAAGAACUUCAGACAGAAAUUCUUAACUUGGUAUAGCUUGAGAGCGACAACACAAGAAGUUAGGAUAGUGAAGGCCUUUGUUGAUAACUUCAUUGAAGAUCCAUCAGCUCUUGCCGAGCAACUUGUGGAUACGUUUUCGGAAUGCAUUUCAAGCAAGAAAACAUGUGCUGUGCCUUCUGGAUUUUGUAUGAAGCUUUGGCAUUGAUCAUCGUCUCGAAAACCAACAAAUUUAACAAAGUCCGAGAUUGGAAAUUCUAUCAUUCGUAGGCAUUCUUUAGAUACCCCUUUUUUUUUCUCUAUUUAAAUUGUCAUCAAUUGAAUUGGGCAUCAUCUAAGCUUUUUAUUUAGCAUUUUUGUGAUGAUAAUAUGUCAUCCGCAUUCGCCAUUUUAAACACUUCGAACAGAUUUGUAGAUGAGGAUGAUUUUAACAUUCUUACUUACUCAUUGAUACCAUUUAGUAAUUAGUUUAUUAAAACUUGUUUUUGAA